AUGCCAUUUGAGCCACUUGUUUUGUUACAUAGACUUGCGCCUGAAGACGUAAAUCACUUGAUACGACCAAAUCCUCCUCCCCCUACGAUUACCAAUCAACCACAAAAUGCCCACACAUUUCAAAACAAUGAAGGGAACAAAACCCAAUCACGGAAGAAGGAUGUAGUCUCAAACAAAAAAGAUUUACGUUUAGGAAAAAAACAAAAAUUGACUUCUGCUCGGUCGUCACCUAAAUUACGACUUCUAAAAUCUAAUUUAAACGGUGUAAAUCGUAAUAAACAAGAACAAGGAAAAUGUACGAAGGAACAAAAAGUCACAAAGAAUCGGAUAGGAAAAUUAUCAUUUGCUGAUAAAUCUAAACAUUCUAAACUUUUAACAACUGAUAUUUUUGAUAAAGAAUUAGUUGUAGUUAUUGAUAAUUGCUUCAAUGAGGUGUAUAGAGAUAUGAUAAAUAGUUCAGCUCAACACCCAAAAAUACGAAACCCUACCAAUUCAACAGUAGCCUCCAUUAGCAGUACUAGUAGUAGUAAUUCUGUAACUUCGACUCGAGACUCAGCAGUUGGUAAAGAACACAUCAUAGAUGACACUAUUAUGAUAACAACUAAAAAAUCUCCACUAUCUACAGCAACUCCAGUCGUAGAGGUGAUUGACAAAAAAACAAGAGAUAUUUCAUCAAAUGGACAGCAGCACAUUACUUCAGACAGACAUGAUAAGCAGACCAAUUAUGACAAGGUUCAAUAUGAUUCUUCAGGCCUCAGUUUGCGUACAAGGACUAUAUCGUCAACCACGGUGCCUACACCAUUGCACCAUUCAACAGUUCCUGGAUCGUAUUCUGUACAACCUAAUUGUUCUACUUCAUCAGUUACUACUCCUACUCCUAGACCUCGUGGUCGGCCCCCAAGACGAAAAAAUCUGAAGCAUAUUGCUAAUAGAAAAGCACUGCAACAAGCUGCUAGUAAACUAUCAGAAGAGAAAAAAGUCUGUGAUUUAACCAUAACGAGUCCUGAAGUAGAAUCAGCAGCAAUUAGUUUGGAACGUUUGCAGCAGCAACAAAAGUCACUGAUUGUCUGUAAUGGUAUUGAAAGUUACGACGAUGAGCAAGAAAAUAGUGAAAAGGAAGUCUCCUAUAUUAAUCCUGUUAAACAUUUAGCACCGUCACCAGAAGUUGAUAAAGAUGGUAAAGAUGAUAAAGGUGAAAAUAAAGACAAUAAAGAUGGUACAGAUGAUGAUUGUAUUUUUGUAGAUAUCACUUAUAAAAAGAAAAUUAAUAAUCGUAAAAGAAAACAAUUUGAUACCGAAGAAACUGUUGCUGAAAAACGUCUUUUGAUAUCUGAUAAUUCUGAAAAAAGUGUAAUAGACAAGUCUUCACUGCCAGAUAACUCUGAUUUAGUCGAGUAUGGGUUCUUAGCUGAUUGUAACAUUUUUGAACGAUACCGACGAUGUACUGAUUUGAAAUCAUCCACUUCUGAUUAUUCUUCAGUUUUAUACGGUCGCACAUAUUGGCCAACAAGUUGGGAAUAUUCGGGUGCAUCGCUCACUGGUCAUGUUCAAAAAAAAACAUCUAAAGAAGCGUUACGUAAAAUAAGGUUGAUUUGCGGUGGAGGAGCAUCUAGUAAAACUAAUGGUACUUCUAACUCAACCUCACUGAAAACCAAUUCUACACUAAAGAAGUAUAAAACUUCAGUUCUUCAAAGACGUGGCAGUGCUUGCAAAUCAACACCAAAAGCUCCUGUUGAAGUGUCUGAUGGUACAAAACAUCAUCCUUCGACAUCAACAACUAUUGUAAAACGACAAAAAGGUCGGCCUCCUGGUAGAAAAAACAAGCUAUUACAGGUUGUUUUAAAAUCAAAUAGUCCGCGAAAGUCGCCACGUCAACAUGCAUCUACAUUAGCAGCAAUCAUGUCUAACAAAGUUGGAAAUCCUGAUAAAGUUGGAAAUCAACAGUCUAAUAAACCAGAAGCAGAUCUAGAAACAGUAGAAACUAACCAAAAUUCUUUAGAUAUGGAUGUACCAUGUUUAUUGAGGAUGUCCAUGCCAAAAAGUUAUGAACAUUUGUCAGGAUUCCGUCAUCAUAGACAUCGUCGGCAAUUAGAAAACAAACGUAUCAUUAAACGUCGUCGUCGACGUCGUUCAACUACUCCACCUCCGCCAAAAUUGUGUGCUCAACAACCAGCUCCACAGCGAAUUUCUGUAAAUACCGCUGUAGAUCAAGAAAGAGUGAAAUUGCGUACAAAACAUGUGGAUGUAGUGAGGAGGCGAGCACGGGAUGAAAGACUACGUGCAGCAUUUGUGUGUCAACAAUUACUUAAAGUACAAGAAAUAGCUGAACAAAACCGUUGUAAAAUAGCCCAAGAGGCUAAGCAAACUUUUGAUCCAAAUAAAGAAUACUAUCAGUUCUCAAAUAAUGCUAUAAUAUUACCAAUUGAAGGUAAUCAAGACCAAAUUUGGUCUCAAAAUACUGAUAGUAAUCGAGAACCUGAUAACAUGUGUUUACAAAUAAUGUAUGAACAAACUGCUGACAAGAGGUUUUUAUGUACUAAUUUAACAGAUGAAACUCUACAACUGUAUUAUCAACAACGUGAAUUAGCUUUAACUGAACGUUUAACAAAUAAUCAUCAUGGUGAAACGUUGUCUUCUGAUUUAGGUACAGACAUGAUAUCAAAUAAGCGAAAGAAAAAACGGCCAAAUAUGACUGGUUGGCCGAAAGAAAAACGUCGAAAAAUCAUAGCUACCCCAUCAUCCAUGAACACAGCUGUAGAAGAUCCAAAUGGUGAUAGUGAUACUGAAAGAGAUGAUAUUGCCAAACGUCGAAGAGCAGCAGCAGCAGAACAACAGAGGCUGAGACGUCGACGUAUAAAAUUGGAGCAGCAGGAGCUACUCAAAGAAAAAUCCAAAGUUAAAAUAAGAGCUGCCUCGCCUAAGCGAAGUGGACGAAGACCGGGACGCCCUGGUCGUCCUGGUCGGCCAUGUCGCCCAGGUCGUCGUCCUGGCCCUAAUAAAAAAAAUAAAACUCCAACAUACCGUCGAAACAAUAGUGUGAGUAGUAAUAGUACAACAACAAGUAGCAAUACCAGUAGUGCUACCACUAAAGUAAAAAAAGUAAAAACACCAAGAAAGCAACGUACACCUGCACAAAAUAAAACUGCUGUACCUAUUGCAUCUGUAACACCUGUUACACCAAAUACAAUUGUAAAACGAAAAUGUGGAAGGCCUGUAGGAAGUGUUGGUCUACGACAACGAUUAAAAUUACAGUUGUUACAACAGAAUUGUCAAAACCAAACGCCAUCAUCCUCUGAACAACAAAAAGAGAAUGUUGUCCAGCAACAGUCUAGUACUGGUAAAUUGAAAUGUGUUAUAUCAACACGUAAUAAUCGCAUGAAAUUAUUGUCGACCUCUGGCAGGAGUUCCCCUGCAGCAUUGAAUCAAAAAAAAACAGCAACUGCAAGCAAAACUAAGAAGUCAGCUGCUGCGUAUAAUUUAACGUCUUCAUGUUUAACAUCACUUCCAUCGUCACAGGUGACAGAGGUGGGUAAAAUUACUAGAACAACAGCUAAAAGAAGAAGACUCCAACAGCAUCAACAAACAGCCACAGCUACAGUUACUUGGGAUGUUGGGAGGCCUAAAAGAUAUCAUUCAACCAACCAUAGUAGGAAUGCUAGUAGUGUGUGUGAAGAAGAUUGUUGUUUUGUUGGAUCACAACCAUUUGAACAACAUUGUCCAGGUGGUGGAGGUGGCUUAAGUCAUAAUACUGUGCUUGAAAAUCAUCAAGAUCACCAAAAAGAAAACACAGUACACAGUGGUUUAUAG